AAACAAUGGAUGAAAAUAUUUGGAAACAAACAAAAUCAAUGGAAAUUCCAGAAGAAGCUCUUAGACAAACAUUAGAGAAUGAAAAGUCUGUAACAGAAAAAUUAUAUGCAUUAGUAAAACGAUCUCCAUUUGCUGUAGCUGGUGCGGAAGAAUUUACUUCAAGUUAUCAAAAUACGUAAAGAUGGCUGAAGAAAGUGACAGAAGUCAAUUGCCACCUGGUUGGGAAUGCAGAUAUGAUAUUCGAAGUGGUCGUCCAUAUUUUAUAAAUCAUUUUAAUCGUACAACAACAUGGGAAGAUCCAAGAGUAAGAUAUUGGCAGUAUUCUCAGUAUAUACAAUCACAAAAUUCAAUGGCACUGAGUUCUGCUACAACUAUUACUUCUCAAGAUAUACCUAUGCAGACUGGAGGAAACGGAGGUGGACAUUUAGGUUAUGCAGGAGCUCAUAGAGCUCCUCAAAUCUAUCCUACACCGUCUCCUUAUCAUAAUCCACAACUUGCAUUUUUACCCCCUAGUUUGCAGGAUCUAAAAACUCCAUUAUCUCUAAAAUCAGUUAGUGCAAUGACAAAUAGGCUUGGAGAUAUGACAUUAGGAUCUUCAACACCAAUAAAAAAUAUGGAAACAUGUUUAACACAAAAUUCAGAUUCUGAAUUGCAAGUUGCUAAAAUCAAUGCAAUGUUUCCAACAGUUUCUGAUACUCAUAUUCGACUUCUUUUAAAAAAAUACCAUAACAGAGCAGCUUUGGUUGUCAGCGCUUUACAAGUGGAAAAGAAUCCUCUUUGUGCGCCAGGACCAUGCACACCUGUGGGAGUGCAUUCUAACUAUGCAAUACCAAGAUGGCGAUUACCACCACAUGCUAUACAUGCAGCUUUAACAUUGAGUCCACCUCGUGGGGCUCGGCCAGCUCCUAACUCCCCAAAAAUGAAACUUAGGUACCUGAAAAAUGUAUUUCCAAAAGUAGAAGAAACUAUGUUGCUUGAUAUUUUAGAACAAAGUGAUAACAAUGUUCAAAAAGCUUCUGAAAAAUUAAUUGAUUUGGGUUAUGAAAAACGAAAUCCCAUAGCUCCUAAAUCAUUACGAAAAAAGGAAGAGGAACAAAUAAAAAAAGAACAACAAAUUGCACCUACUCCACCACCACGUAUGAAAAGUUUAGAAGAAAAAAAUAAAAUGAAAAUGCGAUUAGUGGAAAAAUAUAAAUCAGUGCCAGAAAGAGUAAUAAUGCUCGCUAUGGAUAGUGUUGAUUAUGAUGAAGAAAGAGCAAUACAUAUAUUAGACAUCAUGGUUACAGAAGAAGCUACAAGACCUUUAUGUACAUCAAGUAGUCAAAGUAGUAAAAGUGAUGAAAGAAAAGAUAGUCCACCAAUAACUGAAGCCGUAAAAUUAACUAUAUCACCAAUUAAAAAAAUAGUUAAAGAUGCAGAUUCGGAAAAAUCUAAACGAUCUAAAAAUAAAAUAGAAAUACCAAAAGUUUCUCGAGGAACCAGUACAACAGAAGAUAAUGAAUACAAAUCUCCAUAUUUGACAAAAUCAGUUGGACCAAAUCCUGAUUUACCAAAAGGAGCUAAUAAUGAUUUACUUUUACCUGAUUACGCACCCUGGUCAGGACCAGAUCCGAAUUUAUUAGGUAAAGAAAUAUACAAUAAAACAAUAGCUAAUGGACAUGAUGCAAGUUUGGUUUUUGGAAAUCGUUAUGUUGCCAAAGGACCUAAUCCAGAAUUGAGAAAAGGCCCAUUGAGGGAAUUAACUCAAGGAUCUAUUUAUUCUCAAAGAAAUAUUUCGAACACAGAAAGUCGUGGUAAAUGAAAUAUGUGUAACUGCUUUUUUGUCAAUUUUUAUAUUUGUUAAUUAAUAUUUGUUAAUUUAGUAUAUUUCAGUUUUGUAUAAAUUAAUUUUUUUAUUUAAUAAUUUUAUAUAAAUUAUAUAGAUUUAUAGUUAUAAAUAAGUAAGUAUAUAAUUGAAAAUUAAUUAUUUAUAAAUUAUUUAAUCAAAAUAUUUAAUUUUUAAUUUUUUAAAAAAAUUUCCAGUAAUAUUAAUUUAAAUAAACAAUUACUGUUAAUAUUAUAAUUAAAUUCAAAUUCAUUUAUUAAAUGUUUAUUGUAUAUAUUUUUUUAUAAAAUUACAUAAAUAUUUAUUUUGUUAAUUUUGUUUUAGUUUGUUACAUUUUAAUAAUUGUUUUAUAUUCAUUAUGAGAUAUUAAUUAAUUUUAUUAUAUACCAAGAAUGAAUAUUAUCUACAAGAUAAAAAAAAAGAUAAAAGAAUAUUUAAAUGAGUGUUCAAAAAUUUAUUUAGAUAUACAUGUUUUUAAUAAUUUAAAAAAGUAUAUAAUUAUCAUUCUAGUAUUAUAUAUUAUCAAUUUGGAAAAAAUCAUGAUGCUUCCAUUUUUGACAUAUCUUGUGCAUUUUAACAUGUAUAUAAACAAAAAUUUUUAAAUAUGACCAAAUUUCGAAAUAUUCAAAAGAUAAUUUAAAAAAACUUUUAAUAUUAAAUUAUUUAAUUAUAUGUAAACAUAAAAUUGUAAGUCAACUUUUUUGAAAAUAUAAACAAAGUUUCUAAUAAUUUCAAUAUAACAAAUAUAACAUAUAUUCAAAUAUAACAUGAAACUUAUUUAAUAUUUGUAAUAGUAGUAACUAAUUAUAGUAAAUAAAAUAUUUUAUAAUAUUAUUUUAAUAUAAUAUUAUAAAUUUUUAUUAUAAAUAUUAUAAAUAUUUAUUAUAAUAUUAAUUUUAGUUUAAAAUUUAUUAUAAUAUAUUACAUUGAUUGAUUUCAGUAAAUUUAAAUAAGAAUUUUAUUUUUAAAAAAUUAAAAUUAUUGAAAUCUUAAAGAAUGAAAUAUAAAUUAAAAAAAUUUUUUCUAAUAUAAUUCAUAUAUCAUUAAUUAUUCAUAUAUUCAUAUAUUCUUUUUUCUUUGCAAUAAUUUAAAAAAUUAAAAAAUAAACUUAAAAAAUUAAUUUUUAACUCCUAAAUUCUUAAUUUAUAAAAAUAGAAAAAAAAUUUUAUUAUUUAUUAAUGAAAUUUAUAUUAUAUUUCAUUUAUAUAUUAUUAUAUUUUUGUUAAAAUAAUAUAUAAAAAGUAAAAGAAUAUUAAAUUCCUUUUAAUAAACAAAUAUAAAAAAUAAUUUAGAAAUCUUUAAUCUAUGUUAUAUUAUCAUAUUAAAAUUCUUAAGAUUAUAAAAUUUUUAUCAUUCUAAUAGUUAAAUUCUAUUUGUAAAAAAUCAUAAAUUGCCAAAGGACCUAGUUUUUAGUAUCACAACUAAUAUAUUCAGUAUUAUAACAUAUUUGAGAUAAUUUAAAAUAUAAUAAAAUUUAAUUGUGUGACAAAUAUUUGAAAAAUUAUUAGUUUUAUAUGCUAUAUGUUCUAAAUCAUAUUACAAUAUACAAUAGAUAUAAAAUAUAAAUUGCAUAUCCAAAAUGCAAUUUCAAAAUAAUUAUUACAUAUGAUAGGCUAUAACCAAAAUAGGAUUUUUAAUGAUAAACGAAGAAACUUUAUAUAUGCUAUAGUUAAAUAAAUGUACAAAAGUAUUUUCAUAGCUUAAUUUAAAAUAAUCCUGCCUUUGAGAAAAUUUAAUAUGUGAAUAAAAAUUAAUAAGAGAUGGGCUGUGGUGAAACAUUAGGGCUAUUUUUAUAGCUUUUUGACUUGGAGAAAUUAGGAGGGAUAAAAUAAUCUAUUUUAACUAUAUUUUGAGUAUUGAUACAUAUAUUGAAAAAUAAGACAAAUUAAUUCUUCGAUUAGAUAAUUAUUGUAAUUUAAUAUUUCAAUAUGAAAGACAUUCUCUCAAAUGCAAUUAGGUAGAUAUUGUAUUCUGUGUAUUCAAACUUAUGUAUUGUGAAUUAAUUAUGUAUUGUGAAGUAAUUAUUAGUCAAUAAUAUAAAAUGCCAAAUUUAUUUCUUUGAAUUCUUCCAUCCAAUAAAUUCAUAUUAUAAAAUAUUAAUAUGAAAUAGAAAAUGAAAAGUAAAAUAUCUUUCAUUAUUUUAAAUUACAUAGAAAUGAAUUAAAUAGAAGGUUGUAUGCAAUAAAUGUUAGUAAAAUUUAUCCCUAAAAUAAUAAAUGUAUUUUAUCAUAUGAGAUUUGUUAAUCUAGUAUGGAUUUUGUUGUAUUAAUGCAUAAGAUAUUUGCUAUAUAUGCAAAAAAAUGAUGUUAUAUAUUAAUGAAGUUGCUCUAUUUCACAAUUAAGAUUUCAAGUUCCAUGCAAUUUUUCUCGUGUUGUAUAUGUUAUUUUAUUUGCAGAAACAAAACUAUUUUUAAUAGACUUUAUGCAAUGUAAACUCAUGAAAAAACUAUAUAUUCAGGUAUUUUCAGAAUUAUUUUUUGUGUUUAAUAUAGUUCGCUAUAAUUAUAUUAAAAUCAUAUUUAGCUUUAAGAAUUUUGUCCUAGAUAAUUUAAACUAAACAAUUAAUACAUUUUAAAAUGAAUUAAAAUAAUUCAUAAUUAAAAAAAUAUAAAUAUUACAUACAUACAAAUAUUAUAUAUGAAAUAUUGCAAUAAUAUAAUACAUUGUAUUUACACAUAUCUGUACAAUAAAGAUAUCUAUAACCAA